UUAUUACAACAUAUUUAUAAAUAAGGAAUAGUUAUAAAUAUGUUGAGCUCUUAAAAUGAUGAAUAUAUCGGAAUUUUCGCUUAAACAUACUCAAAAAUAUACCAAAAAAUGACGACUUUUCAACUCACUCGCUCUUGGUCUUAAAUGUACUGUGAUAAGAGACAGGGAAUGUAAAAGUAAUACCCUCUUUAGGGUCCCUUUUCUACAUAACAUUAGUUGUCGUAUGAACGAACCCUAAUGAUGUCAAGAAUAGUGAAGGACGUAUGGUUUUUUUUGCCUUCCCCAACCGAAUAGAAAUCAAGAAUUUAACCUAAGUAAUUCAAAAUAAAAUGUUUAUAUUUAAAACGCUGGCUGAUUAAAAUUCCACUUGUCACGCGUUCAACUCGUAAGCUCCAGGUGGGUCUCACCUAUAUAAUCACUCCAGACAUUGUUUGGAAAGUUUGUUUUAACCUACUUAUGAUUUAUACGAGAUAAUCGGCCUGAUAAUAAUUUAAAAGCAUUGUUCUACGAAUAAUAAUAUUCAAUUCUCGUUCAGUAGAUAGAGAGGAUGGACGUGCCGUUGUUGGAGACGCUGAAAAAGUCCAGGCUGGUGCACCUGUGCUUUGCCAUAACAUUCUUCACAUCAGGCAUCCUGGUUAAUUUGCUCCAGUGUUUGUUGUAUGUGACUCUGCACCCUUUCAACAAGUACCUGUAUAGGAAAAUUAACUGGUACUUGUGCUGUACAAUUUAUGCACAAUUGGUAUUUUUGGGUGACUGGUGGUCCAAUUCUGAGGUGAUACAUUACAUAGACAGGGAGGAAUAUGACAAAUAUUAUGGCAAGGAACAUGCCUUUUGUGUCAUGAACCAUUCAUAUGAUAUUGACUGGCUCAUAGGAUGGAUGAUUGCUGAUAAAAUUCAAUUACUUGGGAAUUGUAAAGCCUAUGCCAAAAAAGUGGUGCAAUACAUCCCCGUUUUGGGAUGGGGUUGGAAGGCUUCCGAAUUCGUGUUCCUUGAACGCAACUUCGAUAAGGACAAGGACAUUAUUAACAGACAGAUUAAGGAAUUAGCCGAACAUCCCGAUCCGAUGUGGUUGCUCCUGUUCCCCGAAGGCACCCGCUUCACCGCCGAAAAACAAAAGGCUUCCGUGGAGUUCGCGAGGAAGAAGGGCAUGAAAGAGCUGACGCACCAUCUGAUACCGAGAACCAAGGGCUUCAUCGCCAGCUUGCCGUCGAUGCACGGCAAAGUGCCCGCCAUCUACGACAUCGAGUUGGCGUUCAAGGAGGACGCACCCAAUAAACCGACCAUCACCAAUCUUUUGCUGGGCAAGAGGAUCGAGGCGCACAUCUACAUGAACCGCAUACCGAUGGAGGACGUACCAAAAACGGAGGCCGAGCAGGAUCAAUUCUUGAAGGAGAUGUUCGAGAGAAAAGAUCGUUUGAGGGAGAGUUUCGUUAAAACUGGCGAUUUCUUCGCCACUUCCGACGUGAAAAGGGUCGAACCUUUCACACGUCCAAAGAAUAAAUACGUCAUCGUCAAUUUCGUCGUUUGGUCGAUAGCUGUGCUUUCCUUUAUUGCCCGUUUGUUUAUUAGUUGGCUUUUGAGUGGGGAGAUACUUUAUUUGAGCAUUAUUGCUGGAAUUAUUGUUGCAUUUUGUUUGUUGAUGAACAAAACGAUUGGAAUGUCUGAAAUCGAGAAGGGAUCGUCCUAUGGUACAAAUACUCCAAAAAAGAAUGCUUAAAUCAUAAGUAACAAACAAUAUUUAAUUUAUUGUUGAAUCUUCGGCUGAUGUGCCAAUUUUUUUCAUCAAAGAUCAUUAUUUAAUAACUUGAGUAGUGUAUAUUUGUUUAUUGCCAUUUGUUAAGCGUAACAAUUUACAAUAUUCAUUGUUUUCAUUUACUUUUUUAUAGGCUGAUAUUAUUGCAUAUUUAUGACACAUUUUUUUAGAAGAAUGUAAUACAUUGAAAUGUAUUUAUUAUAUUAUUUGUUAUAUGUUGUACAUAAUAUAGAAAGAGUUUAAGCAAAUCCGUUGGUUUACUUAAAUUUUAUUAAUAUUAAAUGUUUAAAGAUA